AUGGAGGAGCUAAGCCGUGCCCUGCAGCGGGCAGGCAGGAUGAACGCGAGCUGGGCGGACCUGGUCCCUGCGCCUCAGUGGGACGCCGCCGACCUCCUCUUCACCUACACACUCCCCACCUCCAUCGCGCUCAUCGUCCUGUACGCCGCCAUCUUCCUGGUCGGGUUCGCGGGGAACGUCGUGGUGCUGGCGCUGCUGAUGAAGAGACGCCGCAUGGACAAGGUGGCUAACGCCUUCAUGCUGAACCUGGCAGUCUGUGACCUGCUGGUGAUCUGCCUGUGCGUGCCGAUCAACCUGGGCAUGGAGGUGUACCAGAGUUACGUGUACGGCCCGGUGCUGUGUAAGUCCCUGCCGUACGUCCAGGCUGUUGUUGUCUCCACCAGUGUGCUGACUCUCACCGUGGUCAGCCUGGACCGAUACAUGGCCAUCUGCUACCCGCUACGUGCCAAGGUGCUGUCCACCAAGAGCCGCGUGCGUCGCGCCGUGCUGGCCACCUGGCUGUUCUCGGCUGUCAUCAUGCUGCCCAUCGCCAUCUUCAGCGAGAUAGAGGUCAAGAACAUCAUCUACCCCGUGCAGGUGGACGUGGUGCUGUGCUCGGAGAAGUGGCCGUCCGCCGCGGGACAGAAGGGGUACGACCUGACUCUGUUCGCGGUGCUCCUGGCACUCCCGCUCGGCACCAUGUGCGUCACCUACGGCAAGAUCGCCCACAAGCUCUGGCGCCGGGACACCGUGUUCCAGAAGAAACCAGGCUCUCACUGCCGGAUGAACUCUAAGAACGACGUGAUGCUGGGCCGGCGGAGGGUGGUGACGGUGUUCAUGGCCCUCACGGCGUUCUUCGCGCUCUCCUGGCUCCCGUACUUCAGCCUGAUGAUCUGGCUCGACUUCCAGGAGGAUCCCAUGUCCAAGGUGGACGCUGGUGGGGUGUUCCCGUUCCUGCAGUGUCUGGGCAUCGCGAACUCCGCCAUAGACCCGGUCUGCUACUGCAUCAGCGACCGGACCGUGCGCAAGUUCAUCCGCUCGCUCCGGGAGUGCCACAACGCCGCCAAGGAAUCGGCCGGGGCCCGCGCGGGCAGGCAGCUGCGGCCCGGCUCCUGCCGGAACGGACGCCCCGGGAAAGUCGGGCAGGAGUCGGUGAAGUCGUGCCGGGCUUCCCUGGGCGAGAACGGACGAGUCGUCACCAUGUCAGUCAGCAACAACAGCCCGAAGAAGGGACAAGAAGUGUAG